UUUGAGUAUGUCACAUUGACUCAUAUUCCGUUUAAGUUUUUAUGUUCUCAAUAAGUUACCUUUAAUUCAGCACGUUUUAAGUGAUUUUAAAUGGCUCAAUUUCGCUACGUAAACGAAAUAAACAGUCUUUUAAACGUCGAUGGCCCCAUAACAACCGGUCCUACACCGAGAUGGCAAAGAAAAGGUGAAAAUAAUCUCUCCACCAGUAACAUUAGUUUAAAUUCAUCGAAAGCGAAAAAUUCAUCGGCAAAUACAAGUUCAAAUGUAAAAACUCCAUCGAAAAGAGGAGGUAGUGAUGUUAUACGUACAAAAAAGACCCCGUCGAAAACGCCAUCGAAAAGUAAAAGUCCUGGAAGAGCUACAACACCUAAACCUACUCCGAAUAAAGGUAGUAGAACUCCCGGUGGAGAUAGAUUUAUUCCCGUUAGAAGUGCAGCUCAAUUUGAAUUGGGCCAUUAUUUAUUGAAUCAAACUGAAGAUGCUGCUGAGUGUCCUGCGCAGAUGGCAAUGCAGAAAGUUCUUGUUGAAAAUUUGCAUGGAACGGAUAUGAGUAAACCUAAAAUUUUGUCUUAUCAAAAGAAAGCUUCUUCUGCUCCGGAAGGAUUUCAAAAUCCCAUGAGGGUUUUGUAUACGCAAGCGAAAACACCUGCAUCAGUUAAAAAUACAAAUAGAUAUAUUCCUCAGGCACCCGAUAGAAUCUUAGAUGCUCCCGAUAUUGUUGACGAUUUUUAUUUAAAUUUAAUUGAUUGGAGUGGUAAUAACAUUUUAGCUGCUGCUUUAGGCACAAGGGUUUAUCUUUGGAAUGCAGGUACAGGUAAAAUAGACGAAUUAGUUGAACUCCCAGACACAGUUUGUUCUUUAUCUUGGAUACAAGAAGGUGAUUAUCUCGCAAUAGGCACAACUCAAGGUACUACAGACAUUUGGGAUUGCGCCACAUCAAAAAGACUUCGUGCAAUGGAUGGGCACUCUGCGAGAGUUGGGUCAUUAGCUUGGAACUCGUACGUUGUUUCUAGCGGCUCUAGAAGUGGACAAAUAAUUCAUCACGACGUCCGACAGCGUGAGCAUCAAAUCAGCGUUUUAAGUGGUCAUACCCACGAAGUGUGCGGAUUAAAAUGGUCAACCGAUGGCAAAUAUUUGGCUAGCGGUGGAAAUGAUAACGUUUUAAAUGUUUGGCAAACGGUUAAUGGGGGUCAUCACACCAAUAACACUCCCUUAUUUAGUUUUACGCAACAUCAAGCUGCGGUUAAAGCUUUGGCUUGGUGUCCUUGGCAGCCUCAUAUCUUAGCAAGUGGGGGUGGAACUGCUGAUAGACAUAUUCGUUUUUGGAAUUGCAACAUUGGUUCUUGUAUUAAUUCUGUUGACACAAAAUCUCAAGUAUGUUCAUUGUUGUGGUCUACGAAUUAUAAAGAGUUAGUUUCUGGGCAUGGAUUUGCUAAUAAUCAAUUGAUUAUUUGGAAAUAUGCGGGUAUGACGAAAGUUGCUGAACUGACUGGGCAUACUGCGAGAGUGUUACAUUUGGCGAUAUCUCCCGAUGGCAGCACAGUACUUUCAGCUGGAGCCGAUGAAACCUUGAGAUUAUGGAAUUGUUUUGCUAAGAAUCCCGUUAAAGCUAAGGAACAGAAAAAUAAGGAGAAGCCAAGUAUACUUAAAAGUUGUAUUCGUUAAAUGCUUUUUAUUUUUAUAAGUAAUGUGACGAUGUGUUUCAUUUAAUAGUAUUGAUAAACUUGUAUUGUGUUCUUGUAUUUUUAAUGAAAUAAAGUAUUUUUUGAUAUUA